AUGGACAAGCUGGUUCAAGAGGCCAUCCAGAAGACCAUAGCUCUAAAGAAACAACCAAGCUCGAUUCCAUGGAAACACGACGAGCCAUGGUCUCAGGCCUGCUAUUCCUGGAGCAACGACAAGAACGAAUGGCAGCCUACAAAAUCUACCAGCAGCGGGACACAGGCGGGCAUCUCUACGCUGGCUGUGUACAGCUGGAAUAUUGACUUUAUGUUGCCCUUCCCCGACACGAGGAUGGACGCGGCACUGGCUCACCUGCACGAGAAGCUCACGAGUGAACUGCAGCAAGGCUCAACCACUGCUGUCGUGGUCAACCUGCAGGAAUGUGUCCCAUCAGACCUUGUUGCUAUCAGCCAGAAGCAGUGGGUCCGAGACAGCUUCUACAUGACCGACCUCGACAGCUCGACCUGGGAGUCUGGCGUCUACGGCACAACUACACUGGUCGAUCGCAGGCUAGACAUAUCCUCGUGCUUCAGGGUUCACUACUCCAAGACGCAGAUGGAGCGGGAUGCACUAUUUGUUGACGUCACCGUGUCUGGCAAGAAGCUACGCGUGUGCAACACGCACCUCGAGUCGCUUGCUCGUGAGCCGCCACUGCGUCCGGCCCAGAUGCAGAUCAUUGCAUCGCAGAUGCAUGCGGGCGAUGCCGUGGGUGCGAUAGUCACGGGCGACUUUAACGCUAUUCAGCCGUUUGAUCUUUCUCUCCACUCUGACAACGGCCUUAAAGACGCAUAUCUCGAGCUCGGCGGAGUCGAGAAUAGCGACGAUGGAUAUACCUGGGGACAGCAGGCACUAUCCGAACUACGACAGCUCUUUGGCUGCUCACGCAUGGACAAAGCGUACUACCGCGGCCCUGGAAUAAAGCUGCUGAGUUUCGACAGAUUCGGCGCUGAUGUCGAGGUUGCAGAACAUGAAAAGGAGCAGAGAGAGAAGUUGAUAGCGCUAGGGUUUGAAAAGGCUUGGGUUACAGACCAUCUAGGGAUCAAGGCUGUGUUUCAGCUGACGGGUGAUCUUCGUUUGUAG